CUAAUGCUCUCGUCCCUCAUUCUUGGCGCAGCCUCCACCGUCUUGGUGGCACAGGGGACAGCGAAUCGGACAGUGAUCCCCAAGACAUGUUUCGACUCCGUAGCCGACUUCGAAAACUCCUUUGGCUACCUCUACCCAUGGGGAAGUGAUCACAAUGGAGCAGCACGCAUGGACAAAGACCACAUCAAGAUCUCGGGCGGUGUCCUCAAUCUAACUGCCUCGCCCGUUGCUGGCCAAAUGCCAGCCAGCUCAGGCGGCAAAAGCAUCGAUAUUCAUUACCUCUCGGGCACCGUGUACGCAAAAGCGCAUUUCAAUGUCUCACGGACCGGAGGGUACGAUUUCAUGGGUGAUUUCCGCGCCACAACAACCAGAGGAACGUGGCCUGCGUUUUGGUUGACGGCCGUCAAAGGCUGGCCUCCGGAGAUCGAUAUGGCGGAGUGGAAAGGCUCGGGGGACAUUUCUUUUAACACGUUUAACACCAGCUCCGAGGUUGCGGCGAAGGAUGUGAAUUAUCCGAAGCCAGAGGAUUUUCAUUCGAUUAAGGCUGAGUUGAGGGGUUUGAAUGGGAAGGAUGUGCAGGUUAAGUUUUAUCUGGAUGGGGAGCUGGUGACAACGCAGGUGGGAAAGGACUUUUUUGGGGUACCAAUGUAUUUGAUCAUUGACUUGCAGAUGGAAGGCUCUUCUGGAUCUCCGGGACCGAGUGGGGAUACCAACUAUGAGGUCAAGAAUUUGGAAGUCCUGAUCUCCAACACUUGAGCUACUUUACAAAUUAUUCAAGUAACC